AUGUCUGAAACAAAUUUUUCUUUUUCCUCAACAAACCAGUAUGGGUAUGGUAUAAGAAGAAGAGGUAAUAGAUGUUGGUGUGAGCUUGAGUCACUGUUGAUGACGUCAUGGACAUACGAUAAUUUCGGAAGAAGAUUUCAUGGUUGUGGUAAUUUUAAGGUGAUGAGGAAAAAAGUAUGUAAUUAUUUUCAAUGGUUUGAUGAAGACAUGAGCAGAUGUGCUAAAGAUGUGAUACGAUCUUUGAAAGACAAGAAUGAGGAGCUUAUGGAUGUGAUUAAGGACAUCAAGAAAAAUGAAGAUUUGUUGAAAAUGAAGAUUAUGUUUAUGUAUUAUUUUGUGGGGUUAUCUAUGAUGUUUGUCUUUUUAAUUGUGUUUGCAUUAGUUGCAACACAUGUACUCAAAUUAUGUAAUGUCAAAUGUUGUAAUUUCUUUGGUGUUUAUGUAUUUGCAAAUGAAGUAGUUUCAAAUGUAGCCAUGGUUGUCUAUGUAUCUAGAAGAGUUAUGGUUGUCUAUGUUAGAUUUUCAAAAGUUUAUAACUCCACUUAA